AAAAAAAAACUUGUGAUUCUUCUAUAUAUACCCUUCCAACUUGUUUGUUAAACAUAAUCUAUCAAACACUGAUCGAAAACUUUUCUUUUUUCUCUUGCAAGUCUUCCUACCUUUCUUUUUUUUCAACCAAGCUAUACGAGAAAGCAUCCCAAGCAAAGUAAUGGCCAUCCGUCUGCCUCGUAUUAUUCAAGCUAAGCAAAGCCUUAGACCAUCUUCCAAGGAUGUUUCGAAGGGCUAUAUUGCAGUUUAUGUUGGAGAAAGUGAAAAGAAGCGCUUUGUGAUUCCCAUAGCUUACCUGAAUCAGCCUACAUUCCAAGAAUUGUUGAGUCAAGCUGAGGAAGAAUUUGGCUUUGAUCAUCCAAUGGGGGGUUUGACAAUCCCUUGCAGAGAAGACAAGUUCAUUGAUCUGACCUCUUGCUUGAGUAAAAACAUGAGUUAGCAGCACUGGCAUGUAAAUUUAGAGAACAGUAGUAGUUUUUUAUAUAUAUGAGAUAGCAAGGCACAAUUUUUGUGACGUAGAAAACAGAUAAAUUUUGUACAGUUUCCUUUCUUCCAUCAAAGAAAGAAGAGGAUUAUGAAUAGUGGCACAUGCUUCGUUUGCA